GUAAGAUUAAUGCGAAUGAAGUUACGUGUUCCAGAACGAAUUCCCUGUUGACUGUUCACACAGAAGUAGCAGGAAUACAGAACCAUAUUGUCUCUGGACAGACAUGGCAACAUUGAAGACCAGCGUCCUGCUCAUCUUGAGCGUGUUGUACACAUGUUCGUCAUCGUUCAGCAUUGAGGGGGAGACACUCCUGAGGAAGGAUCUACUGACCAACUACAGCACAUAUGUUCGCCCUACGCCUGUUACAUCGGUCGAGAUCGCAUACAACUUGCUCUCCAUUCAAAACAUGAAUUUACAAGAUCAGCAGAUGUCCUUUGCCGGAUGGUUCACGCUGGUGUGGGAGGAUCCCCGGCUGUCAUGGACGCCAGCCUCCUACAACAACGUCAGUGACAUACACACUGACUCCCAUCACAUCUGGUAUCCCGUCCUCGUCGUUGAUAAUGCUGUGGACGACCUGUCUCCAAUCGAGGACAAGUCUAUUCCCAUGCGGGUGACAGAACAUGGUCUGGUCCGCUGGACUCCUCCGAGGAUCAUCACUACUGCAUGUGACAUGGACCCCACCUUCUUCCCCUUCGACAGACACACGUGCUCCAUUGAAAUCACCAGCUUCGGCUACACCCUGGGGGAGGUCAACUUGACAGUGAGGGGUGCUGGGAUGGUGACGGACUUCUACCAGAAAGAUGGCUUGUGGGAGAUGUUGGAUCAUGCCUCGUCCCGCUCAGUGUUCAUCCAUGACGGGGACGGCUAUGCACGCAUUCAGCUUCAAGUGACCAUGAGGCGUCUUCCCAGUUACCACGGGCUCAAUCUGAUUCUACCCGUGCUCAUCAACAGCAUCCUUGUAGCCUUCGUUUUCAAACUGUCCCCCAAGUCUGGAGAGAAGAUGGGCUUCAGUCUGACGGUUCUCCUGGCAUACACUGUUAUACUCACAAUCUUGGCAGAUGCUGUGCCCUCUACUUCGGUUUAUACAUCUGUACUAGAGGUGUAUGUGUCAGCGGUCCUGAUUCUGAGCACACUUGGCACUGUGAUCAGCGUGUUCUCACAGGUCAUCUACUUCCGCGAAUCCUCCUGCCCUAUUCCGCCAUGGGUAGUUUGCUUCUCCAAGUGCAUGGCACGCGUACUGUUCUGGGAGGCACACAAAUUCAAGCCUCGCACGAAGCCAUGCAACAAUAACGUCUUGGUGUCCCAGGCCCCAGACACCACCCGCUUGAGCGAAUCCAAGAUACCCAAGGGAUGGGACACACCCUUCUCCAUCUCCACAGAUGACCCCGAGGACCUGGUCAUUACCUGGAAAGACGUGUCCCUGAUGAUUGACUCUUUCUGCUUCUGGGUGUUUUUGGUGGCCAUUGGCAUCCUCUCCAUCCUGUCGUUGUCCGUUAUCGGCGCCCAGUACUAGACAGCCAGGGCCCUAUUCCUUAAAGUUAUCUUAGCGCUUGGGGACCCGUGAAGAUCCUGGGUAGAAUAGGUCAUGCUUGCUGUAAAAUCUUACUAUUCUUGUCGUAAAAGGCCACUAACGGGAUCGGGUGGUCAGGCUCGCUGACUUGGUUGAUGCAUGUCA